AUUUUCCGGACAUCGAUGAGCGUUCCUCUUUUCACGUGCGUUGCACGUGCCAUAACCCCUAUUGUCACUUUUAAACCCUCUCCUCCAUUGCAACGAGACCAAGUGACGAAGAUGGAAAACCUCCAUCGCCUCCUCUCUCGACUAUCCUCUCCUCUCUCUAUCUCUCUCAAGAAAUCCGCACCGCUCGAUCUAAGAUUCCCAUCCAACGGCCUUAAAUCCGCCACCAUUUCCAUCUACCGAGCCCUCUCCUCCAAAUCCAACGGUGGAAACGACAACAACGGGGCCUGGACAGAGGGAUGGGACACCGUCCGAUCAUCGAAGCCUGAAGGAGAUCCCGCCUCAGAUCCCGGCUGGGAUUCCAUCUCGUCUUGGUCCACCGGUCUGACGAAGGACCAUUUCGACGGAGAGGCUGUGGGCCGUCAAAUCUCGCCGGAGACGGCUGAGGUCGCGGCAUCCCUGUCGAAGCUGGAGAUCGACGAGGUGGAGGAGAUGGAGAAAGAGAACCGGAAGAGCCAGGCGUUUGUCGAUGGGUUGGAGGAUCGGAUGAGGGAUCUUAGCGUUCUGAUGAAGCAGGUGAGGGAGCCCGGGGCCCGCGGGUCGUAUCUGAAGGAUUCGGAGAAGGCGGAGAUGUACCGGAAGCACAAGGAGGACCCGGAGACGUACACAGUCGAACAUCUUGCAAAAGAGUACCGGAUCAUGCGGCAGAGGGUGCACGCCAUCCUUUGGCUGAAGGAGCUGGAGGAGGAGGAGGAGAAGAAGCUCGGGCGGCCACUGGAUGAUUCCGUCGAGCUCUUGCUCGACACCUGUCCUGAAUUUUUCAACUCUCAUGAUAGGGAAUUCCAUGUGGCUUCCCUUCCCUACAAGCCUGACUUCAAGGUUAUGCCCGAGGGCUGGGAUGGCACCACAAGAGAUCCUGAUGAAGUUCAUUAUGAGAUAUCAAUGAAGGAAGAUGAGAUGCUUUAUCAAGAAUUUGUGCAAAGGAUGAACUUUAACAAGAAAAAAAUGGCUGGAGAGGUGAAGUGCCACAAAUAUAGCAGGAGGCGUCCAUCAAAAGGAUGGAACUUUACCGUCGAGAAGCUGGGCCCACGUGGGAAACGAGGGGGCGGUGGUGGCUGGAAGUUUGUGAGUGUGCCAGACGGGUCUAGCCGAGCUCUGAAUGAAACAGAGAAAAUGUAUGUGAGGAGAGAGACUCCUCGACGCCGACGCAAGAUCCUCCCCUGAUAACUUUUGCUGCUCUUGAUUGAUGUUGAUGAGUCUUUUCAGGGCUGGUUAAAGCAUGCUGAGUAUUAACUCUACAGAGUAGGAUUUUUUGAGCUAGAAAAAAGCUGUAAACUAGAAAUUUUGCUUGUUUGCAAUUCAUGGUGAGAGGAACUUGGAUUUGCUCUACCAAUGGGUUUAACUCGAUGAGUCCUUGUUGUAUUUGCCUUCAAUGCUGAGGAAAUCUACACUCCUUGGUUGAGCCAGAAGAGUAUAGGUGGGCCCCUCUAUCAUGGUCUGGCUGGUAAACCUUUACAGUACCAAAUGAAUGGCGUUCUAGAUCACUGGAACAUUGUCUUGUC